AUGAGUAAUAAUGAAUCUAAAGGUAAAAACAAACACCAAACAAAAGUUAUUCAAAUAGGAAAUGAUGUACUACAGAAGUUUGAGGAAGAAAUGCGUAAAACUGGAGAAUCCCCCAUUGCUUCAGCACCAGAUCCAAAUAAACCCGGACAACAACCUAAAUUUACUAUGGAAUCAUUACAAAUAGUUAAUGAUCAGAAAGGCCCACACAUCGCUACCGAAGAACCUAAAGUUCGAAAAAAAUGUUGUCGAAGUGUAAAGGUUGAAGAGGAAGAAGUUAAAAAGGAACCCGUUCCUUCUUAUUCAAUCCAGAACGGAAAUGAUAUUCUUUUACCACAAAUGCUGCAAUCUGAUUCUGGGAAAAUUACAUUAGUCCUAGAUUUAGACGAAACCCUAGUUCAUUCAUCAUUCAUUGCAGUACCUAAUGCAGACUUUUCUUUUCAGAUAGGUGUAGAUGCCAAUUGUUUAGGCAUUUAUGUUUGCGUCCGUCCUGGGGCCGAGGAUUUCUUGAAAACCCUUGGAGAGCUUUAUGAAUUAGUUUUAUUUACAGCAUCAACAAAGUUUUACGCCGAUCUCGUUGUCGAUCAAAUUGACCCAGAUAAAAAUAUUAAAUAUAGGUUGUAUAGAGAGAGUUGCUCGGAUCUUGGCGGGUCUCACGUUAAAGAUCUUUCUAAGAUUGGCAGAGAUCUCAAAAAGACAAUUAUUAUUGAUAAUUCACCGAUGGCUUACAUCUUACAACCAUAUAAUGCCAUCCCAAUUACAAGCUGGUAUGAUGACAAAAAUGACAAGGAAUUAUUUACAAUUAUGAAUGUUUUGACAAAAUCCUAUAGAAUUUCUAGCGUUUAUGAAAUUAUUGCUGAUAUGUAG